CUUGCCUGGGGGCGUCGCCAGUGGCCGGAAGGGCCGAGGAGCCACGUGCCGCCAUGCCACGGCUCUGUGCCUGGCCUGUGGCACGGUGACACCUGGCUGGGGCUGGGGGCCGGCCCGCCGCCAGGCGAGGAGCCUGACCCUCCUGCAGGCACCUCGCGUGGCAGGUGGGAGCGGGCCGGCCAGGCCCUGGGGUGUGCAGCACAGCCAGGCCCAGCAGUGCAGCCAGGCCCCAGCAGUGUGGCUAAACCCAGCUGUGCAGCCAGGCCCAGCGACACAGCGAGGCCUGGAAGCAUAGCUAGGCCUGGCAGUGCCUCUAGGCCUGGUGGUGUGGCCAGGCCCGGUGGCACAGCUAGGCUUCAUGGUGCGCUUAGGCCCAGCAGUGCAACUAGGCCCAGUGACAUGGCUGGGCCCAAUGAAGCACCCAGGCCCAGUGGAAUAGCGAGGCCUGGUGGCACAACAAGGCCUGGUGGCUCAGUUAGGCCCAGCGGCACGAGGCCUGGUGGCUCAGUUAGGCCCAGCAGUACUGUUAGGCCUGGUGGCACGAGGCCUGGUGGCACAGUUAGGCCCAGCAGUACUGUUAGACCUGGUGGCACGAGGCCUGGUGGCACAGUUAGGCCCAGCAGUACGGUUAGGCCUGGUGGCUCAGUUAGGCCCAGCAGUACAGUUAGGCCUGGUGGCUUAGUUAGGCCCAGCAGUACUGUUAGGCCUGGUGGCACGAGGCCUGGUGGCUCAGUUAGGCCCAGCAGUACAGUUAGGCCUGGUGGCACAAGGCCCGGUGGCUCAGUUAGGCCCAGCAGUACAGUUAGGCCUGGUGGCUUAGUUAGGCCCAGCAGUACGGUUAGGCCUGGUGACACAGUUAGGCCUGGUGGCUCAGUUAGGCCCAGCAGUACAGUUAGGCUCAGUGGCACAAUUAGGCCCAGUGGCAUGAGGCCUGGUGGCACCGUUAGGCCCAGCAGUACAGUGAGGCCUGGUGGCACAAGGCCUGAUGGCACAACGAGGCCCGGUGGCACAACGAGGCCUGUUGGCGCGGCUCGGCCCAGUGGUGCCGCCUGCUGCAGGAGGCAGGCAGGGUGCUGAGGGGGGGGGGGGGAGCAGCCUCGGCGGCGGGGCGGCCCAGCCAGGGGUCCUGGUGCCGUGGGGGUGGCCGCCCCGCUCCCGCCCCGCUCCCACCCCGCAGCCCCUCGUCCGGCUCUCCCGGCAGACCGGAGCCGCGCGAGAGAGGAGAGGGAGCGAAACCGCAUGGAUUGAAGCAUGUUUGGGGGGUGUCGAGGGAGGCUGGUGGGGACCCAGCAGCAAACGCUUUGC